UGCACUUUUACCAUAUGUUUUCAAACACGCCAAUAUGGGUAUGACUUAAAAAAUUUACAAAAUACAUAAACGUUCGAAACUUAAAUUAUAAUCAGUGUAUAACAUUCUAUGACUCGACUAUGAAAAUAUGAACCCGGAAAUUCAGGAGAAAAUUGGGCAAUUCGAGGCCUUCAUAAAUAAUGUGCUUCGCGCUGAUCUCGGGAAAUUGGAAGAGAAACUCAAUACUAAAAAUACGGAUCUUGCAGAAUUCAUCCAACUGAAAGGCGUCAUCAAAACCCUGAAAGACACCAAGGCAGACAAAAGUGGUUUCAAAACCAAAGUCGACAUAGGAUGCAGCUUCUUUGUCCAAGCGGAAGUGGAAGAUGCUUCGAAAAUCUUACUACACGUAGGACUAAAUCAUUACGUCCAAUUCACUCUCGAUGAAGCUCUGGUUGUGAUAGAUGUCCGAAUAAAAUUAUUAGAAAGGCAAAUAGAAAACCUGCGAAAGCAAGUUUCUAUGACGAACGCCCACAUUAAACUAAUAUUGCUCGGUAUAGGAGAGUUGCAAGAAAUUCCUUCUGGAAGUUAAUUUUAACUCCAACUGUUAAUACAGAGUUGUACAUAAUUUAUAAUAAAUUUUCUAAAUUUUUUUA